AUGCCGAGGAAAGCCCAAACGUGGGACGACUAUGACUCGGCUGUGACCCAGAUCAUCCUUGCGCCGUCUGACUCGGAAUUCGUCGACCAAUUGAUUCCCGUGCUGAAAGAUGCCACGACUAGCAGCCGCAUCGGGUCGCUCGUCCAGAGCCUAUCCCAGUAUGCCGAGGAAUGCGAGGCCGACAUCGAGCGCAUCGGGCUGACCAAGCACGAGGAAUUCUUGGGCUCCGUCAACCAACUGCAGAAAGUGCGCGAGGGGACCGUGGCCCUGACCGCCGAAAUUUUGGACCUCAACCAAUCGAUCCAGGCGAGCACUGAGAAGCUCGCCGAGCAGAAGCAGGCCCUGGUCACCACUCGCGGCGUGCGCCAGAACAUCACCGAAGUGUCCAAUGCCCUCGAGGAGUCACUCAAGAUCCUGCACGCCGUCAACCAUGCCCACGACCUAAUUCGCAAAAAGAAGUACUACGCCGCCCUCAAGUCCCUCGAAGACCUGCAGAACGAGUACCUGGUCCCCAUCAUCCAAAACAAGUAUGCGACCCAAUACAAGCUUGCCGAUAUGAUUCAGAGGUCCAUCCCUGCAUCGCAAAAGCAAAUAUCCGAUUUCGUCAUGUCCGACCUCAACACCUGGCUGUUCCGCAUCCGCGAAUCGUCGCAGUUUCUAGGCGAGGUGGCCUUCUUUCACACCCAGGAGCGAAGGGCGAGGCAGAAGGAGCGGAUGGAGGGGAAUGAGCUUCUGGGUCGCUUCAAGCUGAACUCUGCCAUCGAGCUGGUCUUUGAUGAGGAUAACGAGUUCGAUGUUCUCUACAACGAUGAGCUCCAAGUCGACUUCACGCCCUUGCAUGAAGCGUUGCAUAUCCACGAUGCGCUUGGGCAGGUCGACAGGUUCCGCGCCGAAUAUGCGGCCACGCGACGGCAGCAGAAGGACCUAACAUUGCCUAGUUCCGAAAGCCUACUAUUCUCUAAUGACGACGACGAGUCGCUCAAAGGACUGUUGGAAAGUGUUGCCGGCUUCGCCAUCAUUGAAAAGGCCACUAUGCAGCGCGCUCCAUUGGUUCGUUCGUCACUUGAUCUCUGGGACUCGAUGUGUCAGGCAAUCGUCCGCAUCAGCUCUCGCUCAUUGGAAGGCGUGGGCAACCCGGAACUGCUACUCAAGGUCAAGGAUGACCUUGCCCUGUUCAUCCAAACAAUGGAGGGCUGGGGCUAUUCUGCCUCCAUUGUGGACAACUUUCAGCUUGUGCUAUUCGACAAGUAUGCCGAGUUGCUGCAGCGCCGCUUCGGUGAAGACUUCCAAGAGAUCGUAUCGACGGACGAUUACAUGCCAAUGAACAUUAAGAACCGCGAAGAGUAUGACCUAGUAUUGAGCAGCGCCUGGUUUGUUGAUGAGAAGUCCCCGGAGGAGGUUACGUUUCCCACCGUCUUCCCGUUCUCCAAGAUGUAUCCUAUGUGUUGCAGAGAGAUCAGUCGGUUCGCGAAGGAGUUUCUGGACUUUACACGGGAGAACUUCGACCAUCCCAACACUGUUGACGAGACGCUCAAAAAGACAUUAGACGAGCUCCUUACGGAUAUUGUCUGCCAGUCCCUUGUUGAACGAUUGAAUUCGCAAUACCUGGGCCAGAUUGUACAGAUCCUGACCAACCUAGAACAUUUUGAGGUUGCCUGCCAAGAACUCGAGAAAACGUUGAUCAAAGCUCGAUCAUCCACAUCGGCGGGCGGCCCGGUGACUCUCAGGGCAACAGAGAUGUUCAGGAGCCACAAGAAGACGGCCGAGAAACGCAUCUUUGAGCUCGUCAAUUCCAAGAUUGACGACCUAGUGGAUACGUCUGACUAUGACUGGACCGCGACAUCCAGACCCACCCAACCCAGCAGCUACAUGGUCACUUUAACUCGCUUCCUAGAGAACAUCAUGGGCUCCACCCUCUUGGGCCUUCCCCGCGAGAUCAAAGAGCUCAUCUACUUUGACGCUCUUAGCCACGCGGCCAACAAGAUCCUCGCCCUGCCUCUGUCCCCCGACGUGAAGAGGAUCAACCUCAACGGCGUGGCCGCCAUGGCGCUCGACGUGCAGCACCUGACCGACUUUGUCAGCAAGCUCGACAACGCCUUCAUGCUGGAGCAGAACCUGGACGAGCUGCAGCAGACGGUGGCGCUGAUGCAGUGCGAGAACCACGAGGAAUUCUACGACAUUUCGAUCCGCAACAAGAAGUACGGUCGCGUCGACGCCAUGAACGGGCCUAUCUUGCUCGAAAAGCUCACCCAAACGGUCGAGAACCCAAUCCGGACAGCGCAGUUCGCUAACUUCGGGUCGCGCUUUGGUUUGAGGUGA